CUGCUCUUUAUUACCAGUCGCUAAAUAUUCUACAGAUGCCACAGAUCACGUUUAUAAGCAUCUCUAAGCAUUAUAUUCUAAACAAGUUCAACUUCUGUUGUUAAAAUCUUUUUAACUGCAACUAUGAUCGCCCCAAUGGAUUUUGACUAUCUUGACGAUUCGGAUUCAAGUAUACAAAUAGGACAUACUCGGAAACGUAUCCGUAGGAUUUCAUCAAGUGAAGACAGCGAAGAUGAUCAGUGCGGCAGUUUUAUAAAUGAAGAUUACGUGUGGAAAGCCGAAAAUCAUACGCCAAUUAUACAUAAUUUUUCAAGUGUGGGUGGUGCAACUCUAAAUACUCAAAAUCUGUCGAGAAGGAAAGUCUUUGAAUUAUUUUUUAACAAAGAAUUAGUUACAAAACUAAUUACAGAGACAAAUAAACAUGGAGCAACCGACAAAAAUUUUAUUCCUCUUACAGACGGUGAACUAAAAGUAUUUAUUGCUUUAAACAUUUUAAUGAGUUUAGUUUCUAAGCCCACUAUUCAGAGUUAUUGGUCCACAGAUAAAAGCAUAGAAACACCAUAUUUUAAGAAUAUUAUGUGCCGUACCCGAUUUGUCUCUAUCGCUAAAAAUCUGGAUUUUUCCAGUAAUAAUAAUUCUGAUGACCCUCUCACAAAAAUCCGAGAAGUUUCUGAAGUAGUAAAAAAGACUUUCAUUCGCAUGUAUGUACCACAUAAAAACAUUUCAAUUGAUGAGUCAUUGAUGCAAUGUAGAAGCCAUUUUGCUGAAACGGGGAAAACAAACCGAUAUACAGGACAAAAAUGUAUGAAACCAACAGUAGUAAUAGAUUAUAAUCAGUAUAUGAGUGGAGUUGAUGUUGGCGAUCAAAUGUUAAACAUGAUGUUACUAAACAGUUACGUACUUUUUAAAAAUCAUAAAAAAGAUCAAGCUUUUCAUGUUUACAAACAACUAUUAGCCGAAGAAAUUAUUAGGCAAUAUUUACCAAAUAUAAAAGCAUUUUCCUAUAAGGAUACCUGCAACUCCAGCAAAGGGAAACAGAACGUCAAAGCGAUGCGUUGCAUGCUUAUCUAA